AGCACCCGGUGUUUCGGCUGGUUUGUCGGUUGAGAGGGUGUUGUUGAACACGGUUUGGACUGUAGGCCUCGAUCUCAGCACUGGCAUUCUCUAGCCAUCGCAGCGGGCUUCGGUCUACCUUCCUUAUUCGUAUCACUCAUGGUGUAUCACUGGAACGUUGGUAUUUCCAAUUGUCAAAGGUCGCCUCCCAGACUCGAGCAUGUCCAUUGUCAUCACGCAGCUGCCGGGACGCACCCACCCCAAACCCCCCCCUGUCCUACUGCAGCGCCCAACCUUAAAAUCCAACAAACAAAACACCAAAGGGUCCGAACGCAAAGAGCAUUGACGACCAGUGAACUGCGAUCGAUGGACCCGGCAUGUCGAUAAAUUUCUUGCCUGAUGCGACUGUUCAGCAUCUACGAUCUUCGGUGAAUAUCACGUCGUUGGCGCAGUGUGUGUCGGAGCUUGCGCAGAAUAGUAUUGAUGCGGGUGCUACGAGUGUUGACGUCACAGUUUCCCUAUCGCGGAGUUCUGUGACGGUUGCGGACAAUGGCACGGGUAUUCUACCGGAGGAUAUGGACAAGAUCGGGCAGCGAUACGCCACCUCAAAACUUCGGGGCUUCAACGACCUCUCCUCCAUCUCCUCCUUCGGCUUCCGCGGCGAAGCCCUCGCCUCCAUCGCCGCAAUCUCCCUCCUAACAAUCACAUCCCGGCACACAACCUACCGCUCAACCCACACCGUUCGUCUCCAAUCCUCAUCCCGGAUUUUCUCUGGCCGCGCGAGCGAGAAUGAGAGUUUGCAGGGUCAGGGGACGGUUGUAAGUGUUCAUGAUUUGUUUUCGACGUUGCCGGUGAGGAGGAAGGCGAGGAGGUUGGCGGGGGUUGAUGAGUUAGGGGAGGUUAGGAGGGCUGUUGUUGGACUUACGGUGGCAAAGCCGGAUGUUGCUUUCACUUUGAGGGAUGAGACUGGUGCGAAGAUUCUCUCGCUGAAGAGGAAGAGGAAGGAUAAUAAUGAGAUAACGAUGCUUAGACAAGCAUAUGGCAGAGAUUUGGUGCGUGAGUGGCGGAAUCUUGAAGCGAGCGCAGGCGGAGUCAGUAUGCGUGGUGUCAUGGGACUAAAUGGUCACGGCUCGAAACAGCAUCAGUACAUCUACCUCAACGACCGUCUCCUACAACCCUGCGACCUCCACCGCACAGUCUCAAAGCUCUUCGCAAACUCGUCUUUCGCUGUUCACGGAACCGACGAAGACGAUGCUGGCGAACGUGAUUUCGAUGCCCCGGCUGUCAGGAAAAGUCCGAGGAAGAAUGUGGAUCGGCAUCCUGUGUAUGUGAUUAAGAUUACCUGUGCGUUAUCGGCUUAUGAUGUUUGUCUGGAUCCGAGUAAGAGCGUUGUCGAGACUGAGCGACUUCCACUCAUCACCACACUUCUUGCAUCGAUGGUGAAAGGAUUCCUCGCAUCACUCAACUUAGUUUCAGCAGAAAGGGAUCAGGCAAUGGUGGGCGAGGUGGACGAGAUUGUCGAUCCGUUCCGUAUACCACGGAAACGUGGUGGUUUCUCGAAGCUACCGGAGUUGGAACGCCCAUCUAAGAUCCGAGCAGCGCGGAUGGAUGAUAACGAGCUUCGAGGCAGGACACUGUUCAAACCCGCAAUCAACAAAACGAAUGCGGUCGAGGUCGUCGCGCAUCCGACUGGGAGUGCGAUCAUCAACUGCAACGGGGACGACAAUACGACGGGGGGUGAGGGGCCGAAAAUGGGAAUGGAAUUGGUGGAUUGGGUCGAUCCGAUGACAAACAAGAAGUAUUUAUUGGAUACGCGGACGGGAAACACGUAUAGCUCCCGUCCGGGUACCGCACGCCCACCAUCUUCACGGCCAACAACAUCCACCUCAAGACCGCUUACAGCAUCCUCGGCAAACCCGUCCUUCGCGACGGGAGUCAAAGUGGAUAGAAGCAGUCUCCGUCGAACAGGCGGUAGUGCUGGAAGAGGUUUUGCGGAGACCCUCGUCGCACGCUGGCAAAACCCCGUCUUCGGCAACACCGAGCUCGCGAUCCCACAACUUUCAUCCGCAGCCGUGGUCGAGACACGAUCUUCACAUGUCGAGAUAUCCCGCUAUUUCUCGGCCAAUACGUCGAGUUCGAAGAAUGGAUUUCGACUCACGAAGAAGGCGUUGGCGAGCUGUGUGGUUGUUGCGCAGGUUGAUCGGAAGUUCAUACUCGUGAAGAUGAAGGCUGAGGAUGGGGUCGAGGUGGAGGGUGAGGAUGUCUUGGUUAUUAUUGACCAACAUGCGGCGGAUGAGAGGGUUCGUGUUGAGCGGUUCUUUACGGAACUAUGCCAGCUUGAUUCCGAUCAAGAGGGGGUGAGGAGGGUGAUUUUGAAUAAACGGGUGGUGGUGAGGCUGAGUGGGAGGGAGGGGAGGGUGUUGGGGGUGUGGAGGGAGAGGUUGGCGUGGUGGGGAGUCAUCUUGGAGGGUAAAGGGGUGAAAGACGAGGAAGAGCAUGUGGAGGUUGUGUGUACGCAUCUUCCGCCGUUGAUUGCGGAGAGAUGUGUCGCGGAACCCCGGUUAUUGCAAGACCUCGUCCGAGACUAUCUCUACUCCCUCGAAUCAUCUGGUCGCCCGCUCCGCCCACCUCCGCCCACCUCCACUUCCAGCUCCGAGGAUUGGUUGACCCGCAUUCGCACCUGUCCGCCAAAAAUGAUCGAAAUGAUCAACUCCCGCGCUUGCCGAAGUGCGAUCAUGUUCAACGAUCCCUUGACUACCGAGGAAUGCAGGGUCUUGGUGGAGGCAUUGGCGGGGUGUGCGUUUCCGUUUCAGUGUGCGCAUGGGAGGCCGAGUAUGGUUCCGCUUGUUGAUUUGGGUGUUAAGCAGGGAACGGAGGGUAAGUUACAGGUCGGGACUGGGAAGGAUAUGGGCACAGGAGGAGGGGGGAAGAAGGGGAUGUUUGAUCAGUGGACGAGGACGAAGGCAACUAUUGCAGGGAAAGACAAGGACGAUUGUGGAGGGUGUUGCCACGGGACAUAAACUUGGAGUAUGGAGUUUUCUUUUGAGGUCAGCAUAUCAUCUAUACCACUAUUAAUUUGCCCCCUG